AGCUAUUACCGAGGGAGGAGCUUCAAGACCAACCAGUAUCGCCAAUUCAGUGUCUUGAAUUUUGAAAUCGCUGUCUGCUUCAACUCUCACAGCUUCAUAUUCACCGAUACAACAAGAAUCUCCCUCAAUUAACCAUGGCAACCUUACAAUCCCAACCCCCGACCUCUGAAGCGUACCUUGUGAGCUACCCAGCUCAACAUGUUGUCCUCCUCACAAUAAACCGCCCAAAGGUCAUGAACUGCAUACAUGCGCAGGGCCACUGGGAUAUGGAUGCGUUCUUCCAAUGGUUCGACCAUGAGCCCAGUCUUCGCGUCGCAAUUAUUACCGGGGCGGGCCCGAAGGCCUUCUGCGCUGGUCAGGAUCUCAUCGAGCAGGGCCGGUUUAAGGUGAACCGACCACCAACGUCGUCCAUGAAGCACCCACCGAGUGGGUUUGCGGGCGUGAGCAGGAGAAUUGGGAAGAAGCCGAUUAUUGCUGCCGUUAAUGGGUUCGCGCUGGGAGGAGGGUUCGAGAUCACGCUUAACUGUGACCUUGUUGUAGCUUCCCCAACUGCGUCGUUUGGACUACCAGAAGCGUCGGUCGGUCUGUACGCCGCUGCCGGUGGACUGCCCCGUGUCGUCCGCAACUGUGGCCUUCAAAUUGCUUCAGAGAUUGCAAUGACAGGUCGCCGACUUACAGCUGAAGAAGCGCUGAAAUACAGCCUUAUCAACAGGGUAGCAAAGUCUCCCAGCACUGUCAUGGAAGAAAGCUUGGAGCUCGCCGCCAAGAUUUCGAACCUCUCACCCGACGCCAUCAUCGUUACGAGAAGCGGACUGCGUGAGGCAUGGGAGACAGGCAGUGUUGAGAGAGCCACACAGAUUACGUCAGAUAGAUAUGAUUACCAGCUGGGCACUGCCCCGAAUAUGAAAAUUGGGCUGGAUGCGUUCGCGCAGAAGAAGAAGCCGGAGUGGGUGCCAAGCAAGCUGUAAAACCGCGAUUUUCGAGAGCGUUGUCGUUUAAUCGUAGGAUUUGUAUCAGAUAGAUAAACUAUGGGCUAUUUACUUUGUUCAAUUUGGU